AUGGAUGGAGUGGAGAUGUGUCGACUGUGCACUACCGCUUCCAGAGGAAUGCGAAGUGGUAUAGGGACUAUUGUUGAAAUAGACGAAUCAAAAUUUGGGAGGCUAAAAUACCACAGGAGACAUCGUGUUGAAGGCCAUUGGGUCUUUGGCGGAGUCGAACGACAAACGGGUCGUUGUUUUCUUGUACCUGUCGAGAAACGUGACAAAGAUACAUUGACGGUCAUAAAGGAUUGGAUUUUGCCGGGAUCAUUAAUUAUUAGUGAUUGUUGGAAAAGCUAUGAUUGUUUAAAAGAUGAAGGAUAUACUCAUUUGACGGUACACUCAAUUGAAUUUAAAAACCCGAAAACGAAUAACGUUGAAGGAAUGUGGCGUCAUGCCAAAGCUUCCAUGACCCAAUAUUCUAAAAAAAAAAAAUAUUUUUAUGCGGGUUAUUUGGCCAAAUAUAUGUUCUUAAAGGUUUGUCGUUUAUCGGGCCUGAACCCCUUGAUUAAAUUUUUCAAACUUGCGGCAGCACUGUAUGAUCCAAAUGGACCAACAUUAAAAUACGAGAUAACAGAAAAUAAUUCUGAAUCGGGGUCAGAGACCGAGGAGGAGUUUUUUAGUUAA